AUGGCUGCAGGAAUUUGGAAUAAAAUUUGGGGUGGAAUAAAGAAAGCUGCAAAAUGGGUUGGAGAUAAAGUUAUUAAACCAGUUGCAAAUGUUGCAAAACAAUACUUACCAGCAAUUGGUACUGCCGUAGGUGCUAAAUUUGGUGGAGUCAAAGGUGCUCAAAUAGGUAAUACGGUUGGUGGUAUUGUUCAGGGAAUGAUUAAGUGA